AUGAAGACAAAAAAGUAUAUUGAUUCUUUGAAGUUAGAAUGGUAUGAAGAUACUUUUGACCUUUCUGAAUUUAAAAAAGAUGAAAAGCAGGCAGAGUGGCUCGAGUACCUCGAACCGCAUGUCAAUCUCAAGACCCUUAAAAUAAUGAACUAUCUGGGUGUCAGAUUUGUUGGAUGGGUGGGUGCUUCAUCCUUCACUAAGUUGAAGAUUUUGAGUCUACAAAGUUGUAAGAAUUGCAAUAAACUUCCACCGUUGGGUCAACUUCCUUCUCUGGAAGAGCUUAAGAUAUGUCGGAUGGAUGGCGUACAACAUGUGGGACGUGAAUUUUGCUCUAUGCUAAUGGCAUCUCCAUCUUCUUCCCAAAAUAAAAUUGCAUUUCCCUCUCUAAAACGCUUGAUAUUUAGCAAUAUGACAAAUUGGAAAGCGUGGGAUGGAGUGGAGAUUGGUGAUUUCCCCAGCCUCCAUUAUAUUAGAAUUUCUGUAUGUCCUAGGCUGAUCAAGUUUCCCCAGUGGCCCUUUAUGUCUUCCGUGAAAGAAAUGGAAUUGGAUUAUAGUGGUGUACCUGAUGUUUCAAAUUUCCAUUCACUGACAAAUUUAACAAUUGCAUUCAUGUCUCAAGAAUAUAGUAAGUGGAUGUCCAGGUGUUACUUUCCAAUGCUCCAACACUUGAGAUUAUCAUUUGGCUCUGCAGAAUCUGUUCAUCUAUCACAGAAAGUACUACCUUCACUGAAGACUUUAGGGAUUCAUGAUUCUGAAGAAUUGAGGGUCGUUACAGGAUUAAAGAAUCUCACCUCCUUGAAUUCUUUAAUUAUAGAAGCAUGCCCUAAUCUUGAGUUCAAGGGGUUACCAGCCACCCUCAAACAAGUGAAGUUCAAUAGGUGUCCUUUGUUUGAGAAAGGGUUCAAAGAACAACAACAUAUGAGAAAUGUCUUGAUGAUAGAGGCACACAAUUCCGAUGAUGAAGAGGAAGAGAAAGAGGAGAUGGAUGGAGAGGAUGAUGAUAACAUGGAUUAG